AUGGCAGGGCAGUUAACAUCACCAGCUGCUACCAGUAGCAUUCACGACAUAAACCAUGCCAUAGACGGCACCUUGCUCUCAGAGAACGUCGCCAAUAUGGUCACAGCAGUAUCACUUGCAACUAGAGUUUCCUUGCGAUGCUCAUCGAUCUUUUUUGAUGCCAUGUUUGAAGCUGCAAAAUACGGCACAUCAAUCUCUCUGGGGAUAUCAAGAAAUGCAUUGACAAAUGCGCUUUCCACCGCAAAGAAUUUGCAUGCAAACACACAGAACAAGAUCACAUCUGGGACAUCUGUUUUACAUGAAAAGGCAGACGACAGUUUAUUUGUUCAGGUGCUCGAGAAAUAUACCAACAUAGGAUUGUACCUUGUCAGUCAUACGUUUUCCUUAGCUGAAUUGUUUGCCAUGUCAGGGUUGCAGUUCACAUCGAGGACUAUCCAAUCCAGUUUGAAGGCAGCUGAGGAGUCAGUGCGAAUCAUUGACGGCAUUUUUGGAUCAAACGACACAUCGCGCGCUAUAGCUUCUAUUAUCGCUCUUGUGCACCGAGAGUUGGUGCAAGAUCCAGAGUUUGGGUUAGCAAAGGCUGGCAAGUUGGCUAUAUUAACUGGAUUAACAAAGGCCUUAACAGCAUUUGCGGUUCUGCAAAACGUGACACAUAAACGAAUGAUGAAACAAAUUCCCAUGACAGUUUUGUGGGAAGGACUUGUUACAGAUGAAAAAGAGGAACUAGAAGAGAAAUACCAGCAAAAGAACAAAAUUAUCCAAUUCAAAAACAACAAGCAGCAAGGCAACGAGGAAAACACUCUCAUCAUACAAGAAUUAAAUGCGCUAUUGCAAUCGCAAGAAAGCAAUCAAAACGAAAAUGAAUUAAGCUUGGUUACAUCUGUGCAGAACGGCUAUAAAGUUACAACAAAAACUACUUGCACCACUACAAAGACCACCACCAUCUGCCCUCUGAAUUCGACAUUCAACAAACGCAUCAUUGUCAAAACAAACGAAGAGGAAAAUGGGUCAUACCUAGCGCUAAUGGACAAGUCAGGCAAAGAGCCGCCGAAAUUUAUACUGUCAACGCUGUCAGAAAAACGGCGAAAGCGCAAAGUGGAGCGACAAGAAGAAAAUUUUGACCAGUUGCAGAAAUCAGCAUCAGAAAAGCCAGCUUACCACCACAAGCGUAGAUUCUCAUCCCCAGAUGAUGGCCAUUUCUACUGCGAGCAGAAGAAAGAAGACUCUUUUCUAUCAAAGAAAUACAACUAUUCGACAUCUGAUCUGACAGUCAAGCAAAGACAUGCAUCCAGCAACAGCAGCAUCUUCAUGACAAGGCAAAAGAGAUCGAGUUCUAUAUCCAGCUUUUGUUCCACAUCCUCCAAAACGUUCUCCAUGACCUCAACCAACAAUACCAACAAAGUUUUGCAGAAUGAAUCGGCGCAGAUCAUCAAAAACAUCGCUCACUACAUGAGAUACGCAAGCGCAGCCUAUGGUGAAUCCUUCAUGCGCAUUCUGGGCAUUGGAGAUGUGCCUGCUGUUCUGCCCAGCUCUCAUCAUCACCAUCCAAAUCAUCAUGCUUUUGCACAUCACACUGGCAAUUCUGUUGAAGAUAUACUAUUAUCGAGCUAUACAGAUAGAUCACCACUGCAUUUACAUAAUCCUUCUAUUCAUGCACUUGUUCAUUACGUGACAGUAGAUCAUGCCGCAAAAGCAAUUGUGCUCACAUGUCGUGGUACACUCGGUCUUAGUGAUAUACUCACUGAUCUUAGUUUUGAUUACACUGAAUUCAAUCUUCCUACAGACAAGCACUCCAGAUUCAAAGCUCAUAGUGGUAUGCUGGAUGCUGCUCAAUUACUAGCCAAAGAAAAAGGAAAAGUCUAUCAGAAGAUACGUCAAGGUCUCGUUACAUACCCUGAUUACAGUUUGGUGAUGUGUGGCCACAGCUUGGGAGGUGGAGUUGCAUCUUUGCUAUGCGUACUAUGGAGUCAGAAACUAAAUGGUCAUGAGUUGAUCUUGAAAAAGAAUGGUGGAAAUCAUGACGAUAAAUUCGUUACAUCAGAUCAAUCCGGAUUACCAGCAGGAAGGCCUGUUCACUGCUAUGCUUAUGGACCUCCAGGUGUUAUGUCUCUCGAAUUAAGUCAAUACUGCAAAGGUCUGGUCACUAGCGUGGUUCACGGUAACGACAUUGUCAGCAGUCUUAGCUUGGGGCUCCUGAAGGACUUUAAGAACGUAGCUACCAGUUUGCAUGCAGAGGCUGACGUAGCAGAAGAAAUUAUAUCUCGUGUUGUUGGAAGGCUCCAAAAGAAAAGAAAUUCCUCACAACAAUCAAAAGAAAAUAUAGAAGAUGAAUUUAAUGAAGAUGAUCAAUGGUUCUGGGCAAUGAUCAAGACAAUGAGAGCUGAUAUGACCGCAGAAAAGAUGUAUCCACCAAGUUCAGUCUACCUAAUAGAAACAGUUCCACAUGUAAAGCAACAGCACAAAGUUGCACUUUCAAGAUGUGAAGAUGUAAAGGCCAGAUUCUCUGAAAUUGUUUUUUGUCGAACCAUGUUCAUGGAUCAUUCUCCACUGAUGUACGAACGAGCUAUUAGAAAGCUGUGUCGAGGAUAUACCGCAUAG